AUGAGGGAUUUGAUAUCAGAAAAAGAGACUUUGAUACAGGAGAGGAAUACUUUAAAAUUAGAGAGAGAUUCCUUGUUAUCAAAACUUACAGAAUUGGAAUCAAAGAUUUUGUUAAUGCAACAAGACCAAGAAGAACUUUGGACAAUAAAUGAAGAACUUAAUUCAGAAAAUAAAAAAAUCCUAAAGGAGAAGGAAGAAGCUGAGGCCAAAAGCCAGCAGGAAAGCACAGAAAAGGUAGCACUAAUUUCUGCAAAAACCAAAUUACUCUCUGAAAUAGAGGCAGCACAGGCAGACCUUCUGAAGAUAACUCAAGAAAAUGAUGCUCUCCGGUCUUCAGAGUCAACCUUGCUCCAACAGUUGAAAGAACUUCAGGCCAACAAAGAUGCCAUGGAUGUGGUGUGUCAGAAACAUAUCAAGGAACGGGAAGAACUGGAGAAUUAUCGGAAGAAACUUUUGGAAGAGAAAGAUACAAUUGUUAAAGACAAAGAUGAUGUUAUUCAGAAGCUGGAAAGUUUGUGUGAGGCCCUGGCCAGAGAUCAAAGAGAGCUACUGCAAGAAGUGUCAACUCUGACUGCAGAGAGAGAUUCAGCCCUAGGUGAACACUCGGAUCUUAAAAAUACCCAUAUAGCCUUAAAAAAUGAAAUGAACAGUCUAUUGCAGACAAGUCAGAGUCUGCAGUUCGAGAAGGAGAUGCUCCUUAAAAGCAUAGAAGAGCUGCGUUUGAGUUUAGACAAUACGGUUAGUGAAAACCAAGCAUUAAAAGUGAGAGUGGCAGAGAUGCAAACGGAACUAGAGACUGAACAUCAGGAACUUCAAAAAGUGAUGAAAGACAAUAUAGAGUUGAAGGAUUCCCUUGCUAGUCUCUCUCGUCUUCUUGAGGAAAUUAAAGCCUCAAGAGAGAGAUCCAAUUCUGAACGUAUUCAGUUACUUCAAGAGAAAGAGGCUCUCUCUUCAUCAGAACGAAGGCUUUUGGCUGAAAGGGAGGAACUUUUCAAUGAAAAUAAGACAAUUACUGAAAAGCUUGCUAAGGCCACAGCAGAUGCCAUACUUGCUGAGAGAGUCUUUACUGAGAAAAUAAACGAACUGAACUUAGAAAAGGAAUCUGCUUUUGCUAAGUCCUUGCAAUUUGAAAAGCACAAUGAAGCUCUUCUCCAAGAGAAGAAUGAAUUGGAGAACAAAUAUUUAAAGCUUCUUGAUGAAAACAAGUCUUCUGCAAAUGCAAUUUCUGAUAUGAAGAGAGAACAUGAACUGGAUGUCUCAGCCAAGAGAGCUCUGGCCCAAGAGAACACUGUGCUCCAAGGUUCCAUUCAAGCUCUCAAGGAAGAACUAAGUAAGAAGACUCUAGAAAAUCAAGAGCUAAUGGCCUGUAAGUGUGACCUUUCAGAUCUUCUGAAAGAGGCCCAGGAUGCCAAAAGCACAUUAGAAAACGAACUGGCUGCUGUAUCACAUGCCAAGCAGGUCCUGUCAUCUUCAUUCGAGACCUGUUCCUCUGACAGGGAAAUGCUGACCAGAGAGAGGGCUGAAUUGCAACAUAAGUGGCAGAAAUUAAAUGGAGAGGUUGCGAUUAUGAAAGAAAACUUAACCAUAGAAACCGAAGCUAGAAAACUGGAAAAGGAAUCCUUUUUCUUGGAACGUAUGGAGCUUCAAAGCAACAUCAGCUUCCUAGAGAAGGAGAUAGAAGAGCUGAGAGAGAAAAAUAAAGAAUUCCUGACUGAGAAAGAACUUCUAGUUCAGGAGAAAGAAAAAUCUGCAACUAAACUGGCGGAAAUAAUUAAAGAAAAAGAAACCCUCUGUGCAGAGACAGAGCAGCUUGCUACCAGUGUCAAACGACUGAAGAGUGACUUUGCUUCCUUGUCUCAAUCAAAAGCAGAGCUCCAGGACUCGCACAGCUGUGUCUCUGAGAGGCUGGAUGAUCUUCGACACAGGCAUGAGGUGGCGGAGAAGGAGAGAAUAAGGUUACUUCAGGAAAACGACAGCCUGCUUGCUGAACAGAAGAGUCUGGUUAUCUUUAAGGAAGAAAUACUAAAAGAGAAGGAGAAAUUCUCCAAGGAUUAUGAUAAACUGCACGAGGAAGUAGCACUUUUAGAAGAAACUAAUAGUGACCUCUCAGGCAAAUUGCUGGUCUCUCAGGGCAAAAAUCAGAUGCUGCAGGAGGAGAUGAACAAUCUGGCUUUGAAACUAAAAGAAAUUGAGACUCUCCAGGCCCAAACAGUAGCGCAAAAAAUUGAGCUUCAAAAUGCAAAUAGAUUCCCAGUUGAAGUCCUUGUUUAA